UAGUGUAGGGCCACACCAUGCAGACGUUGGUUGUUCAGCUGUUGACAUUCUACAGUGUAUAUAGGUGUAUUACAUGUCAUGGCCAGGAUGUGUUCCUUACCAGAGUGACGCCCUCCUCCCUGGUCUGUGAUUCUCUGUGUACCUACACAACCAGGUGUGGCUCCUACUUCUGGGAUGCUGCCACCGGAUCCUGCCACCUGCAUGCAGGAAGAGACACCGGCAGCAGUAGAUGGGGUCGGCUGCUUGUUCAGUAUCAGGCAACUCCUCGGAAAGACAUGUGUGGAAGUCGAGUUUGUGGUAUCCACCAGAUCUGUGUUCCUGUUGAAGCAGGAUCGACCCAUAUUUGCCUUGGGAUGACUCUCGGAACAACAGCUUCAACAGCUAGCACAACUUCAGUCACAACGUCAUCCACCGAAACAUCGGCAUUCAACGUGCCAUCGACUUCUCCUGCAACUCCCGUGACGACAACACUUGCCACACCCUCCCAGUCGACAGCUGCCCAAUCGACGCCUACAGCCACUACAACAGAAGCUUUAACUACAACAAACUCACCCACCACUGCUGUGGCAACGACACCAGGUGUUUCCUCGGUUGCUACUACCUCUACAACCGUACCUACAACUUCUACAGACGUGCCUACAACUUCUACAUCCGUGCCUACAACUUCUACACACGCGCCUACAACUUCUACACCCGUGCCUACAACCUCUACUGCUACGUCGACCGUGACAACAACCUCCACAUCCAGUACAAGUACAAGUACCACUACAACUACAACAACUCCAAUGACUACUAUGACGUACGACUGUGCAGUCACGAGUCUGUCAGUAAACAACAACGAAUGCGGCACGUAUAUCGGGUGUUAUUUCGAUGAUUGGGGCCGUGUUCUUCCAUACGGUCACUUGGUCGAUAGGUCUACUAUGACAUCUGAGAAAUGCAUGCUGAAUUGCUAUGGCAAUUAUUCCCACUUUGGAAUUGAGGAUGGAACCGAAUGUUUCUGUGGUAACGAAAUCAAAAGUGGGUACAGCAAGAAGGGAGACAAUGAAUGCCCCAAGACAUGUCCAGGUGAUUCCGGCAGCAGGUGUGGAGGUCCAUGGAGGAUAUCCAUCUAUAUGAUAGUACCCUGAAACGUGACAUGUAACUGACAAGAAAGAAUAUAAUGCCCCUGAGGCUAACAGUUGUGGGUUAUUGACGUUGAAUAUAUGUCAAUGUAUAUUCGUGUGUUUUCGAAUCCAAUCCUUGUUUGACAUCAUUGUGGAAUUAUGGAUGAGGAGUGUAUUGCAGCUUUGGUUCAGAGUCAAUGA